AUGCAUGUAUACCAAAAAAUAUUACCAAAUAUUUAUACGCAUCAGCGUGUAUUGACGGUUUGUCUUAUUUUGGCAAAAUUAUGGAUUUGGGAACCACUAGUAAUAAUGUAUGAAAAAAUGUCAUCAACAUUAGAUGAUAUGAAUAUAGUAAAGCUUUCUCAACUUAUUGAUUUACUUCAAGUAGUUGGUACACAUUAUGCAUAUACAAAAAAAGAUGAUUUUGAUCUUGCAUUAAUGGUUUGGAAGAAUCGUUAUGGAAAAUCCGUACAUAGUGAAUUACCACAUAAAAUUAAAACUAGCAUUGAUAAAAAAUAUGAAGAAACUCGUAAAUAUUAUGAACAACCAACAAUAAUAAAAACAUUGAUUGUAUGCUGUCAUCUAGGUUUCUUAUAUUGGUAUGAACGGGACUAUAAAAAUACCUUGAAAUAUUUCAAACAAGCUUUAGACAAAAUUGAUGAUCUAGAUAAUGAUAAUAUUGUAAUCGCUUCUAUCAUUGUUGGAGAUAUAUUUAAAAAUAACAAAGAUUAUACAACAGCAAUUCAGUAUUAUGAUAUAGCUUUAGAACAUAUGACAACAAGUAAAAAGGACGACCCAAUUCGUGUAGAAAUUUUUCUUACAAAAGCAAAUUGUUUAACGGAUAGUUUACAAUUAACUUCUUGUCUUGAUGUCCUAUACGAAUUGAAAAAUGAUACAAAACAUUCAGCUUAUGACUCAGACUACCGAACAAUUAGUACACGUGCAGUCAUAUAUGAUGCGAUAGGGCAGCAAAUGAUUAAAACAAAACAAUAUAAUAAAGCUCAAUGUUAUGCACAAAAAUCACUUCAUCUUAAAAAGAAAUAUUUAUUAAAAUAUCAUCCAAGUCUUGCUCUUUCAUAUCAGAUUAUAGGUGAAAUACAUGCAGAUCAAAAAGAUUAUAAACAAGCUAUACAAAAUUUUGAAAUAGCUGUUCAAAUUCUGAUUGUUAAUUUACCUCAUGACCAUAUUGAUAUUAAACGAAUUUAUUUUCAAAUUGUUUUAUAUGCAGAAAAAGGUCUAUUUGAUAAAGCUGUUAAAACGGAACAGCUAGCAAUCAAUGGACAACUAGGUACUUUACCAAUGCAUACGUUAAAUACAGCUAAAGCCUGGACAAAUUCUUUGAACAAGAAUGAAAGAGCUAUUCAAUUACUGCAGAAAACAUUACCAUCUAACAUGAAUGAAAUAAAAUAUUAUUUAAAACAAAUAGCCAGUAUUUUCAUUAAAAUGGGUAACAUUAAGCAAGAAAUGAAAAGUCUCACGAGAGAUGAUAAUCAUUUAUUAGAAUCUAACACUGAUCAAAAUACUAUUGAGAGUUUAACAUCGUUGCGUUGUUAUAUGGCAGCUGAAACAUAUCUGGAGAAAAUACUUAAACAAAAUGAUUCUGGAUUGCGAAGUAUUUAUAUAAAAGUUGGGGAAUCACUUGAAAAUAGUAGUGAAAUAUUGCCUUCAUUAGAAUAUUAUAAACGUGCUAUUUUACCAUAUCAAAUUAAUAUUUAUAUUAGCUAUAAAAUAGUUCUAUAUUUAGAGCGUAUAAAAAAUUAUCGUGCUGCAUAUCAAAAUUGUCAUACAAUACACGAAACAUGGCCAAUGCCGGUCUAUAGUCUAAUUAUUAGUAAUGCACUUCUAAUUAAAAUGCAUCAUUUGGAAAUAUUAAUUAAUAACGGCAAGAAAAAUGUGAAUAUAGUUAAACAAAAACAUUCAAAUACUGAAAUUGCAGUUGCAUUCUUAAGGUUAAAUGAUUAUGAUUUAGCAAUGAAAUAUUUUUUGAAAGAAAUUGAUGAAAAAACGACAGAACUAAAUAAUAAAGAAAGUAUGGAUGAACUUCAACCAAAUACAUUUCAACGAAUCAAAUGGAAACAUCAGGAUCAAUUUCAACAGUUCUCAAAGGCCUCAUGA